CACACAAAGCAACCAUUGAUGAAAACAGCACCAUGGAAACCAAAGGUAGCUUUGCACAGCAUAGUAACUCAUGGCACUCAAUAACUUUUGGAGCAGCUGAAGUAUGUGAUAAAGGAGAGAAAAGCUGGGCUUAAGUUGAGGGAAAUGGCCUCAGCAGGUAUUUCUCUUGCACGUCCAGCGAAGAAUGUGGUGGUCUUUAAGAAUGGAGAUCCUUUCUUCACUGGAAGAAAGCUUGUGGUGAAUCCAAGACAGAUCCUUACAUUUGAGUCUUUUUUAAAUGAAGUAACAAAUAACAUCAACGCCCCUGUGGCUGUGAGAAAUAUUUACACACCAAGUGGGGGACAUCGGGUCCUUCAGUUAAAUGAUCUACAGAAUGGAUCUCAUUACGUGGCUGCAGGAUUUGAAAAGUUUAAAAAAAUAGACUAUUUGCAAAAUGGGAAACCAAAACCUAAGGGAAACAGAGGAAAAAUUGACAUAAUGGUGAGAGCUGUUUAUUCCAACAGAGUAAAUGUCUCAGCCAGAUGGAGGAAACAUAUUCCAAUACCAUGUAUAGUUCAUAUUUUUAGGAAUGGAGAUCUGCUGAAUCCACCUUUUCGAUUGAUUAUUCCCAAGCAUGUAAUGACAAAUUGGGAUAAGAUUCUUGCCAUGAUAACUGAGAAAGCAAAGAUCCGAACUGGAGCUGUCCACAGACUUUGUACGAUGAGUGGACAGAUUAUAGACAGUGGGGAGCAGUUGGAGAGUGGAGAGUACUAUGUAGCUGUGGGAUCUGAGAAGUUCAAACAUCUUCCUUACCUUAAACUCCUUGUUUGCAAAAUGCCAUCACAAAAUACUUACAGGCAUCAACAAAUGGUCAAAUACAAGAAUCACAGCAAAGAGGACUAUGCUCUGUCCCAAGAUGGAGUCAGUGAUUCUGCACCGCUGCCUUCAACUGUUAAGUCAGAUAAGAGGAGAGUCCAGUCAACAGGAGAUGCAGGAACAGGUCAAAUCCUUGUCUCACCUCAGAUGAUAAAGAGGAAAGGAAGAAAGAACAACAGCCAGGAAUCUAUCUUCUUUGCAAAGCCCGUUCGAGUGAAAUCAAAUCGGAAUCCGAUGAACACUCCACAGCUCAGGGAUUCUGCCAAAGAUGACGGGAGUGUUUUUAAAGUGACUGAGAAACGAGCUGAGCUGCAAGGAGCUCAGGAGAUUCCUGAGGAUGAAAAUACCAAGGUGGAACUGCCAAUUGAUAAGAAAGUAGCGGAAACUGUGGAAGAUGAAGUUAUUCCUGAAGAGGGGGCUUAUCAUGUUGAAGAGGUAUUAGCAGCAACCACAGAUUGUUACACUCUUUAGCCAUUUCAUCAUUGAUAAUCCUUCAGCUACUUGAAAAGCAGCAACAAAAUCUCCAUGUCACACUCCUGUUAGUCAUGUUCAUUACUGUAAACACUGUCCAGGUAGAACAGCAAGAUCCCAGACUGAAUUUGUGCAGUUGUGCGGAGUGACUCAUCUCAGUUGGGUCAAGAAUCAGGGUUAUACAAUUAGCACCAGGAAGAGAAAGUUCAUUGCUCCAAGUUGCUAAUCAGAAGUCUAUGCUGGGAAGGCCGUGUGUGCCAACUGAACACUAGAACUCAGAGCAGGACUGGGAACAGGAUCAGACCCAACUGUAACACAAGUGAUUAAAUCCUCAUUAUCAAAGCUUAAAUAUGGAGAAUGAAUAUUUGGACAAUGUAGCAGCAUCCAGUUAUCAAUGAUAACAGUCUAAUCCUUUGAGUUAAUGCCUUCGCAGAAAAGAACAGAUAAUUGACAGAAAAUAGAUUUGAGUCUCCAAGUUAGUAAACAACGUUAUUCAUUUUAC